UUUUUUUUAAAAAAAAAAAAAUCCAUUCGAGAAAAUGGAUUUUGCCGAUAAGCCUUUGUCGAGCGAGCAUCAAGAACAGUACAGAUCGGCUUCGGAAAGCGCGGACCCAUCAUCCGUCUCGCCAUUUCAGGUAGCAACACCAAAAUCUCCGAGAUCCCCCAAGUCUCCGAGGUCACCGAGAUCUCCCAAAGGCAAGCCGAGCGGUGGGGCCCACGGCAGCCCCCUCAAGAAUCAACGGCAGUCGCAUGGCGGGAAAAUCGGGCAACCCAAAAAAGGCGGCUAUGGCGGGAAAGGAGCCUGGGGAGGAUUACUCGACAUGGAGGAUGGCUACACAGAUGACCCAAACGACCCAAACUACAUAAGCGAUAAGGAGGAGACGAAGCCCGUCCCUCGAAGAACAACCGAGCAGCUCGACAAAUUCAAGAAGAAGGCGACGGUUAUGGUGGAGGAGUACUUCCUCAACGACGACCUCACUUCGACCGCGAACGAGCUCCGGGAGCUCGACUCUCCUUCCCAUCACUUCUACUUCGUCAAGAAGCUCAUCUCCACCGCCAUGGACCGUCACGACAAGGAGAAGGAGAUGGCCUCCGUCCUCCUCUCCUCCCUCUACAAUGACGUAAUUACCCCUCAACAAGUCUACAAGGGCUUCCAGAAGCUCGUCCACUCCACCGACGACCUAAUCGUCGACAUCCCUGACGCGGUCGACGUGCUCGCCCUCUUCAUCGCGCGAGCCGUCGUCGACGAUAUUCUCCCUCCCUCUUUCCUCACCAAAACGGUCGCCUACCUAAAGAAAGACUCGAAGGGCGUCGACGUAAUUGCGCGCGCCGAGAAGGGCUACCUCUCGGCCCCUCUCCACGCGGAAGUCAUCGAGCGGUGCUGGGGAGGGAGCCGGAACAAGACGGUCGAAGACCUCAAGUCGAAAAUCGACGACCUUUUAGUCGAGUAUGUGGCGAGCGGAGACGUGAAGGAGGCUUGCCGGCGCGUAAAAGACCUAAACGUCCCUCACUUCCACCACGAGAUCGUGAAGCGCGCGGUCCUCAUGGCGAUGGAGAGGCGGAAGGCCGAGUCCCGUCUUCUCGACCUCCUCAAACAAGCCUCGGAAGAUAACCUCAUCAACUCUAGCCAGAUAUCAAAAGGAUUCGCGCGGAUAAUCGACUCGGUCGACGACCUCUCGCUCGACAUCCCGAACGCGAAGCCUUUACUACAAUCGUUGAUCUCGAAAUCCGCGUCCGAGGGUUGGCUCUGUGCCUCGUCGCUAAAGUCCCUCACCGCCCCACCACACGCGCUCGUUGAGGAAGACAGACUCAAAUCGUUCAAGAAAAAGGCAGAGUCGAUCGUGCGCGAGUAUUUCCUCUCGGGCGACGUAUCGGAAGUAAGUUGUUGCCUCGAGUUCGAAAACACUUCGUCCGAACUCAACGCGAUCUUCGUGAAGAAGUUGAUCACGCUAGCCAUGGAGCGAAAGAAUCGAGAGAAAGAAAUGGCCUCUGUUCUGUUAUCUUCGUUAUGCUUCCCUUCGGAAGACGUGGUCUCAGGUUUCGUGAUGCUAGUGGAGUCGGCCGAGGACACUUCGCUCGACAUCCCGAUAGCAGUCGAGGACUUGGCCAUGUUCCUAGCGAGGGCGGUCGUGGACGAGGUUUUGACCCCACACGAGCUUGAAGAAAUCGGGUGCAAUUUCCCCGGGAGCAGGGUGGUUAAGACGGCCGUGAGCCUUUUAAGGGCUUGGUUGUCGGGAGAGAGGAUACUGAGGUGUUGGGGGUGUAAUAACGGGUGGUCGGUGGAAGACGUGAAGGAGAAGAUCGAGAAGCUUCUAGAAGAGUAUGGGGCGGGAGGGGACGUUGGGGAGGCGUGCAGGUGUAUAAAGGAGCUGGGGAUGCCGUUUUUUCAUCACGAGGUGGUGAAGAGGUGUGUGGUGAUGGUGAUGGAGAGGAGGGAGGAGAGGAUGUGGGGGCUGUUGAGGGAGUGUUUUGAAAUGCAGCUGAUAACGAUGGGACAGAUGGGGAAAGGGUUCGCGCGGGUGGCAGAGGCGAUCGAUGACCUGGCGCUUGAUGUGCCGGAUGUGAAGAGGCGGUUCGAAGGGUGGGUUGGGAGGGCGAGGGAGGAGGGGUGGCUUGAUGGGUCGUUUGCGUUCGGGUCGAACGGGGUUUUGGAGGUAUGA